CCUGAAUCACCAACGUGGUCUGUGAGAUCAUUAUUGUUACCACCAGUAAAAGAUAAGUCAGAUCAGAAGUGGCAAGAAGUAAAAAUCACACAGCACGAAUUUCUAAACUUAUUAAAAAUGGCAAAAUUAAACUUCCCAAAUUCAUCUAGUAAGAAAUCAAAUAUAGAAUUAGAAAAUAACGAAAUAUCUGAUCCACAGACAGCAUUAAAUAAAGAUAUAAGUAUCUUAUGUAAUUUUGUAAGACAUGUACAAAAUAUUGAUGUUUCUAAUAUAGAACCAUUAAAAAGUUUUUGGACUACGGAAAUUGAAAUCGGAUUUAGAAAUGAUGAUGUAGCAAAUUGUAGAAACAACGAUGUUGAUGUGAACGAAAAGGAUAUGAAAGAUUGUGAUGGAUCUAAACAAGAAAGAUUGCUAUUAAAGAGCGCAAAAGUCUUGUAUGGUAACUAUUAUGUUGUCAGAAACAUUAGUGAUUGA